UCAUUUUCCGCAUUUAGUAGUUUUAUGAGUUCCAUCAUGUCAUACCGUAGGCCUACAUGGAGUACACACGCCAGGAGACCAUGGCGUGGCAUCAGAGGCUUUAUGAACACCAAGUGCAGAGGGAUAGCCAGAUGCAGCAGGCUUUUCAGGAUAUGGCGGCCGGCAGGUGUCCUCAGUUCCCUCCAGCACAAUGCCCUCCAGCACAACCAGUGCUGAUGAGCUUUGAGGAGUUUGUGGCACAGAACGCUGGCCCCUCGCCGGGAACAGGUGGAUCUACCGUUGGCGGUGGUCUUCGCAGCACUCCGGAGACACGGAGCCCGACCACUCCGAUCCACGGAGGCGGAGGCGGAGGAGGAGGCGGUCUUGGCGGUAGCGCUGCCGCUAGCAGUGACGACCUGGGCUUCGGCGGUCUUGGCGGUGACGACCUCCGUGGUGCUCGACGUCCUGGCGCUUAAGCCUUUGGGUCACAUUGUGGCGGUCUUGGUGGUGAUGAUACUUAUAUGCUUGUGAUGUUUCUUAUUGUUGUUUGUGAGAUUCUUAUGCUUGGUGGUGAUGAUACUUAUAUGUUUAUGCUUUGCGAUGCUUCUUAUGAUGUGUGAUGAUGAAUUUGUUCUGUGAUGCUGCUGGGCCAGCUGUUAUGUGAUGCAUAUAUUUGUUGUGUGCUGUAUAUAUUCAAAUGAAUUGAGCUGAAACAAAACAGAAAAAAGAAAAAAAAC